AUGCCGCAGCGCGCAUGGCCGCAGGCGAUUCUGAGGGACCCGCCGAGAACCCAGGCCAUUGUGGGCGUGAGCGAGGAACGAACGGCCGUGGUCCACGACGUUGGGGUACAAGCGACGCCGCCCGACAUCAGAGCUAUCGACCCUAGUCAGGAUCCCAGCAUUCCCAGCAGCAAUGGCACAUGCCACCUCUUGCGAAUGCCAGGCGAACUUCGCAACAAGAUCUACAAGUACACACUCACCUUCGACGAAGGCGGCCUUGUUGCUCUCGAGCAUACCAGAUACUACCCAGCAAAGACAGUCACCGAGGAGCACUUCAAAGGGUUCCCAAUUCAGGUAGUAACGACCCGGGAGGAGAGGCUCCGAGACGCCAUGAAGCACCUUGCCGAGAACAAGACCAAACUCUGCACCGGAACUCGCCUUCUCGUGGAGGCAAACCAGUUGCAGUAUGUAUGCCGUCAACUCCGCGCAGAAACGAGAGGUCUAUCUCUUCGAUACAACGACGUCGUCUUCCGCAGCCACAUCGGUGAGCUGGAUACGCCGGCAAAACAAUGCGACAGAUUCCUGCACCAAUGCUCACAGCCGUGGCAAACAUGCAUUCGGACUAUCAUCAUCAAGGGCACUCACCGAAUCAGUGCGCUCGAGCAGUGGUGCCACGCCGGGACGAUCCCCGGCGCUGUAUUCCUGAACGGGAUAAUCGAGGGGCCGGGUCUUACGAAGGUGUCGCUCGGGGCAAUCGAGUUUUGCAGGCGCCAUCCACAAACGACUGUGAAGCACCAUCUGGCCGACGUUCACGGAGAACAUUAUAUCGCCCUAUUCCACAAGGCCUUGCUCUACCAGGCGCGUGUUCGGGGCAGUGUUCCCGCUCAGCUCUUCGGCUCUGAGCUCAAUCCAUAUUAUAUCUAUCUUCGCAAUGCAAGCUUCAAGACGGGCCCGAUCCAUUACAACCCGGGUUUGCGAGGCGUCGCCAACUACCGCAUGUUCCCACAUGACGAGGACCUGGAGGAGAUAGAGGCCCGCUCGCUUUUGGCGACGAAUGCAAUGCUGCAUCAAGCAGUCUUCCCUUUCAUUGAAGGCGGAAUGGAAAUGUGGAUUGCCGAAAUGAAGAGAUGGUACUUGGAAGGCUUCUAA